AUGCUCUCCCAUCAGAGUGUCUCACCAGUUAUCCAUGACAACUAUAAUGGUCAUGCCCACCUAAGACUAUAUUCUCAAGAGCAGAAAGAUGGCCUGAGUACUACUACAGCACCGAGCGAAUUAGGUAGCACAAUGCCACCGAAUCAUGCGGCCCGUGUUGGACAGUUCAAGACAUUCACUUUGCCCGAGAAUGUUACAGGGUCUCCUACAGAUGUUCAAAUGGGCAAGGAUAUGAUUAACGCGUGGCGCGAAGAUGGUAUCCUCCAGAUUUCAAUGAAUCCAAAACAGCAAGAUCUCUGUGAUAAGGCGUUUACCGCCAGUAAACGAUUCUUUGCGAAGCCUUCUAGCGAAAAAGCUGCUUGUGUGGACACCCAGAGCUACGCCGGCUAUAUUGCUUCUGGGGAGGAGAUUACAGAUGGGAUUGCGGAUUAUUCAGAGAUAUUCACAGUCACUAAGGAUCUACCCCUAGAUGAGCCUCGAGUGCAAGCUAAGUGGCCUUGCCAUGGUCCUUGCCCUUGGCCAGAUAUUGAUAUGAAGACCCCUAUACAAUCUUAUAUAGACUCCUUGGGUGACAGCGGAGAAACGCUACUUCAGCUGAUCGAAUAUGGACUUGGUCUGGAUCCUUCGACUCUAACUUCUUUAACUAAGGAUGGAUGGCACCAUCUCCGUGCCCUAAGGCUCCCUGAAAUGUAUAAUACCAACGGAAGGGGAAAAGAGGGCCGCGGUAUUGGGUCUCAUACGGACUACGGCCUAUUAGUUAUUGCAGCCCAAGACGAAGUUGGAGGCCUAUUUGUUCGGCCCCCUACGACCGAUGAGAAGCCAGAAAAUUGGAAGAAGAGCGCUGCUGGCUUCCGUGAAGAUGAUGAAGGAUGGGUCUAUGUGCCACCUGUCCCCGGAGUCUUCGGGGUAUUCCCAGGGGAUAUGAUGCAGUUUAUUACCAACUCGUACCUACCAUCAACUCCCCACAAAGUCGGUCUUAAUACCCGCGAGUGCUUCGCCUUCGCCUACUUUCAUGAGCCUAGCUUCCAAGCUACGAUCUCCCCAAUUGGAAAGCUUUACAAUGGCCAGCCUUCAGAUGAGAAGAUCCAUUACGGAACCCACUUCACAAACAUGUUUAUGAGAAACUAUCCCGAUCGAGUAACAACAAAGAGGAUUAUAAGCGAGGAUCGCUUAAAGCUAUUGGAUCUGCCUGAGCUGAGGACCCAAUAG